UACCCGAGGCCUUCCGAGUGCAAGCACGAAGGCCUGGAAUCCCCCGUCCAAUGGCUGCGCUCUAUGUUGAAUCCAACAUGGCGACUAGAAAGCUUAAUGAAGAUGACAUUAACAAGGCACUUGUAAAAUUUAAUGAAAGAAUUGGUUGCAAGAUUGACAAUCUGAAGUCUAAACAAAAAAAUGCCUUUCAUGAUGUUGUGAAUGGACAUGAUGUCAUUGCAGCAUUACCAACGGGUUAUGGGAAGAGUUUGAUUUAUGAGCUUAUUCCAUUUGUGCUGCAGGACACUAAAGUUAUAGUUGUUGAGCCACUCAAUGUGAUUAUUAAUCAGCAAAUUAGCAAAUUAGACGGUAUGGCUGUACAACUUAAAGAGCUGAAUCUGUGCAAAGCAAUUACAGAUGGGCAUUUCUCCUAUAGUUUUAUCUACAGCCACCCUGAGAACAUAUUAGGCAAACCAUCAGUGAACAAAUUUUUUCAGUGCAGAUGUUUUGAAGAGAACAGAGUUGUGAUAGUUAUUGAUGAAGCCCAUUGUAUUUUGGAAUGGGGAGAUGAUUUUCGUCCUGAAUACAGUAAACUAGUUGAACUUCGAGCUGUGCUUCCUGAGGCAACAUUUCUUUGUCUUUCGGCAACACUUUCCAUCAAAGGUCAGGCUGAUAUAAAAAAUUGUUUAUCUCUGAAGGACUGUAGGAUCCAUGGUGAGAUUCCAGUGAAGCCUAAUAUUUCAAUUACUGUUUUAAGAAGACCUGCAAGCUCUAAGGAUGUAACAUUGUCUUACAGACAUAUUCUGGAUGUCUUAUUCAAUGAACUGAAAGUUAAAUUAGGUGCUACUCCACUGACUAUUGUGUAUUUCAAUUCAUCACUGAACUAUAUAGGAUUUGCCUAUGAACAGGCUUGUCGAGUCUUGGGGAACUUGGUGUACAAUGGGGAGAAGAAUCCAGAAAAUGCCAGAGUUGUUAUGUAUCAUGCAUCUGUGGAAUAUGGGAGUGAAAAACUACGGGAAUUGAUAUUUCAUCAGAUUUCCUCAGAGGACAGCCCCCUAAGGAUCAUAUUGGCUUCUUCUGCCCUAGGGAUGGGAGCAGAUUUUGGCCGUGUGGAAAGAAUUGUGCAUGCAGGUCCACCUAAGAGUAUUGAAGCUUAUAUUCAGCAAGUGGGUAGAACAGGCAGAACAGGGAAACAGGCAACAGCAAUUUUGUUUUUCAACAACAGUGAUGUAGGUAGGCCUGAAAUGAACAAGACAAUGAAGUCAUUCUGCCGAAAUGAAUCAACUUGUAGGAGAAAAAUCCUUAAUGAUUACUUUGGAUUUAUGGAUGACACCAAUGAGAGUGAAAAUAAAGCAACUUUGUGCUGUAACAUUUGUAAUCCAAUCUUAAAUGAAUGGUAUUCAGUUUUACCUCUAACGCAAGAGCUAAAAUCUUCCAUCCGACAAUCAUUGUCGGAUUACAACAUAUUAAAUAACUUGGAGAUAUCCCCUUACCAAAUAGAAUCAGUCAUCCACAAUUAUUCAAGAUAUGUGGAAACAGACAGUUUCAUUCAAGAUUUUGGUUUGAAUCAAGCACAUGCAGAACAUUUAUGUACCAUUAUCAAAUUAAGUGUGUCAUUAUAAUGCCUUUCAAUCGUUUUUGCUUUCCAGCACAUAAUUAAAGUACUUGUAAUGAAAAUAAAAUCAGUUGUCUUUAUUUU